CACGCCCCUCUUGCAUACAUAAUUAGCCAAGAUGGCAGCUGAUCCACUUCUUGCAUCAUGACAGCGGUCAGACGUCCGUCUUCCGGAGGCGAGAUCGCCUGCUUCUCGUCUUGAAGAUGACACAUUUCCCGUGUCAAGACGUCUAGGAAGGAACCGUCGACAAUCUUGACGCAGGACAGCGCAAAGGAUGAAGCCUAAAGACGGUCUUGAUAGCAGUGAGAUGGAGGAAGAGGAGGUGGACCCGUACGAGUUGUUUGUAGACAUCGGAAUGUUGGUGACCGACGGAAGAGUGCCCGAACCCUCGCUGAAGGGUCGCACGGAAGGGAAACACUGCCCGCCACCCGCGGGGUCAGCCGCACACAUGUGCGGCGAAACUGACUCAAAGUGUGUGAAGGCAAUGCAGCUGAAGUCUCAGAUGUUCCUGCUGUGGAGGAAUGACAUCCCCAUGUCGGUGGAGGUGCUUCUGUGCCCGCAGUGCUGUUACGAGGAGAUGGCGGCAGACGUGGAAACGCUUGCGAGCUCCUACCCGCAGUCCGCCAUCUUGCUGGAGCAGUGGACGAUACACAUGGUGGCGAAACGUCCGUGUGGCGGUCGGGACACCCCGCGCACCUUACUCCAGGCGGUACGAUCGUACAUCCACUUCUCCCAGCUGAGUGCCUGGCUCAGUCAGACACAUGGACAGGCACCCAAAAAUGUGCUGUACAGAGUGUGUGCCCCGGGGGAGGGGUACAACGCACAGUUCCUGGAACAGCCAGAGAUCCACCACUUCCCUGUACCGAGCCUGCCCCCCUCCCGAGGGUUAAAGGUCACCGUAGCCUACUUACCCAGGAAGGAGCGCAUCCCCAACCCCAGGUGCAGCCUGGAACACCACCUCAAACAACCUAAAUCUGCCAGUACGGUUCUAGAACAACGUGAACAUGACAUCACAGAACACAGCACAACAAAGAGGGCUGUUCCGGAAUCCCCCAAACCGACAGAACGUGUCCGGGAAACCAGAAUACACAGUCCAGACGAGAAACCAAACACUCCUAGUUUUCCCCCCACUACCUCGGCCAGUUGCUCGCAGAAUUCUGUUGGAAGUCAGUCUGGUGAAGGUAUCAGACCUGGGUUACGAGAGGACCAUAAAAGACUGCAGCAUUCGAGUAAUAGUGGAAGUAGCAGUUCAGAAACCACUCCCUGCAAUAGCCCCUUAUCAAGACCUUCUCAUCUACAGUUGCAAAUUUGUCAGAACUCGCCCAAGCUCGAGCCCUUCAAGUUUCCCAACCUGACUAGCACGCCGAAUCAGGACGCAGCAACAACAACCAAUCAUCUGCUGACGCCGUUCGAUUUCAGCCAAUCAGAGAAGGAGCAGAGAAGCCCCAAAGUUUUGAUGACAACGUGGGACCAACUACCAAAGCUGUACCAACCUCUUGUUCCGGAACGGGAGACGACACAACAAACGCAAAACGACUUCUGUUUAUCAGAAGACAGCGGGAUUUCAGACAGCGGGAAGGAUAAGUCGUGUUUGUUUAACACUCCUGACUGGAAAUUGAGAAGACUUUCCAUCGAAAGCGACGAAACCACGCCUAACGCAAAAUCUAAGAUGGCGGUACCCUCAGAGAAAGAUCAGGUCGUUGCAAAUAUCGCAUCUCAGGUUGAGAGAAGAAUGUCGCCGGCGGAACUUGAGUGUUUUCUCCAAACUCUCGCUACAAAGAAAGGUCGACAUGACGACCGACUGAAAAGCCAGAACGCAAAGGCUAGCACUUCGACAAGUAAAAAGGAGUCGAGUAUACAGCACGUUCCGGAGAAAUCUCCGGAAAAACACGACUCUUCGCUCAAACCUUCGGGAAUUCCUUGGUUCCUUGGAGAUGAAGAAUUGAGAAUAUCGGAACAUCGAGACAAAUCCAAGAGAAGAGUCUCAGAAUCAGAACAAUUUGUUUGGGAGAGACAAGACAACUUGGUCUCAAGGACUAGCUCAUUCCAACCCGAGGAAGUAGUGGUGCAAGAGCAAAAUGACUGCAAUUUCUUGGAGGAUUCUUUAGGUUCCCCAAAUGACCUAAGCUCAAGAACUCUUGAUGAGGAAGCACCUAACGGGCUGUCUAUACCGGAGAAAGUUGCAACUGCUCACAAGUCUCAUCAGAAGGCAGAAGGUGAAUCUUCUCAAGAAGUUGACGAGAUUCUUCCCAAGAAAAGGGCCAGAGAAGCAGUGUGGGCCAUCAGGAGUCCAACUGAUCGACCGGCCUUCUUACCAGGUUUCGCCAAGAGCAAGUCUCUACUGAAGGAUGUUAUCAAGAGACCUGCAAAGGUGGCAGAAGAGGAUGCAGAGUUGCUGGCGAGAGCAGCUUCAGCUCAGCCCAUCCCUACUCCUGAUGAGAAGGCCAAGUUUCGGCGCUCUCUGGACAGCUGUACCGACUACGUGUUCCACCCUAAAACUGGCCUCCCUGUCAACUCUAGCCCGGCUCCCCCCAGACGCUCGCAGACUUCAGAAAGUUUUGACUUUGAUGACAGCCUCAUUGUCAAACAACCAAACACAUGGAUGAGAAAUUCUACGUCUUGUGGUCGGCUGGACACGGCAGCUCUGGCCUCGCUGUCGGAUCACAAGAAGGUGCUGAGCACGAGCGCGCCGGCCUGCGCGGGAAUGAGCCUGCUGGGGAACUUUGAGGAGUCCGUUCUCAACGGAAGGCUGGAGCCGCUCGGUACAGUGGAGGGUUUUACUGCAGAACUGGGAGCGAGCAGUGCUCACGGGACCUUCUGUCCCAGACACGUGAAGAUGAAUGUCCAGGCUGAAUUCUACGGGGUUUCAGAUGACCACGCUCCUUCACCAUACUCAGGUAUCAUAAGUCUGGAUGGUUUGGGGAAGAAAGGCUACCAGGUACCCAAGAAGGGCACAUUGCAAUUGACCCUGUUCAACCCCCACCGUACGGUAGUGAAGAUGUUUGUGGUACAGUAUGACCUGGUGGACAUGCCGCCUAACUGUCAGACGUUCCUGCGCCAGAGAACCUACUACGUCCCCGCUCACUCCACCAGUCAGGACAUCAAGGCAGAGGGGCUCACACCCAGAUACGUCGUACAUCUGAGAUUUGCGAGUUCCAAGUCAGGAAGGAUCUACCUCCACAAGGACAUCCGCCUGUUGUUCGCCCGUCAGCGAUACGAUGUGGACGCCGGGAUGACCAACUACGAGUUAAAGUCUUUCACCGAAGUUCCCAAAAAUCCACGCUUUUCACCCAAAAAGUGAGGGGAUUCGUAUCACCGCACCCCUCUACAUUUAGGUGAAGCAAUUUGGGAUUUGAAUGACCGUUUGAAAAAGAAUGAAGAGAACAGAGGAACAUCUUGUUGAAAGAUCACAUUUGUGAGGGUCCAAUGGGGAAACAGUGGUAAGGCCUAGGAAAAAAUGUUGUGUUUCCAGUUUCCUGACUGACCCUAGCAAGAACCCACCAAUCCUUUAGCAUUUUUUGUGGUCAAUUACUACUAGCAAGGCCAUACAAUUUUUUAUCUAACAUCCGAAUUUCAAAUCUGCUGAAGUGUUACUUCAUGUACUUUUAGAAGCAAAUUUUUAUUGAGAAAAUUGGAUAGAAUAUUUGCCCCUUCUCCACAAGCAAAAUGGAGGGAUGGGUCCUAUAGACAACCCUGGUCGUGAUACAUUUCAGUUUUACAUUAAUUUGUAUUUUUUUGAUUCCUUCAGCCAAAAUCAAGGAAAAAAAGAGAGAACCAAACCUACUGAAACAAUUGUUUUUUUAUGACUGAAAUCGGAAACACAAUAUUUUUUCCUAGGCCUAAUCAAAGAUCACUGUAACUUUGCACACAGAUAAUACAUGUAAAACCAUGCCCUGCAAGUCACUAAAAAGGGACCAUGUCACAUGUUAACAAUGGCAAUCAUUAGAGAAAAUAUUGUGGAAUGAAUAAGUGUUUAAUUGA